AUGCCGCAACCAAAGUCAUCAUUACCACCAUACUGUGGCGACGAACUCCUCGAUCCCGAACGUACAUAUCAUUGCAAGAUCCGGCUACAAAGGGGCAUCGCCUAUCUCUUCGAUCUCGAGCAAUUCCUCCAGCGUGCCUCUGAUGCCGAUUUUGACCUCUACGUUCGACACUCGAGGACCCAACUCGCAGAUUUUCAACCUAAAGCCUUUCUCGGAGUCCCGACUGGACCGAACGCGAAUCGAUUACUCGCGAGCGGUAAUCGUUGGUAUUAUGGCGAAGAUGGGAAGAAUGGAUUCCGUGGAGGUGCGUUCGCGGGAGACGAUGUCGGGUUAUGUGAUUUCGAGUCUGCUGAGUUAAUAUUGGAUGAAGUAAUUCUCAAGCUUGGGAAGCGCAGUGUCGAGCUGAGCUGCAACGAGCAGAGGCUGAGGGCUUCUCUCUCUCAAUCUUGCGUCACGACAAAAUCAAAUGAAGACUCAAUGAUGGAGCGCAAGAGCCGAUAUGCAGUUGCCAAGCUGCUCUUAGAGACUUGCCUGAAAUCUGUCUCUCCCUGCCACUGUGCUCAAGAUCCGAUAUGCAGAAUGCGAACUUGGAGUUGCUCGAUACAUCGUCUGAGCUCCCUGGUACUGAUUGGAGCUCUUUACUCGAGUUUGGCGUUUGAUACGUUCAAUACGAGCUGGAACAGCAGCUUCUCAGUUCACUCCAUAGCUUCCCAUGCAACUGGAUGGACAUGGAGGGUAUUUGAACCUCUCAAAGUGAAGCAGUUAUUCAACUCGCGGACAAUCCUCAACAUUGAUAUACUUCUACCCGAGGCAAAGCUGAUAUUUCUCAAUGGCAUGUUCGCGAUUUCUCCCAUUCACCCACUAUCACUAUUCCAUCGGCCAACCAACUCCCGGUCUUCAACUUCUCCAGGGCCGCGUCUUUUUUUGGAUUCCACAUAUAUCUUUUGA